AUGAAGGCUGUUGUGGAGCAUGUACAGCUCCAAUUCAUACCGGAGAUAGAUCAAAAUGUGGCCUCGCUGCGCGUGGAGCAGAACAUUAUGUGCUUUGCGCUGAAAUCAGGGUACAUAUUUGCGAUAGAUCUAGCGACACCUUCCAAGGUGAUCAAAUAUCGUUUCCCGUUGCUGACGGUUCCCCAAGAAAAAAUACUCAAAUUAUGGAUGGAUCCAAGUGCCAGUUCUAUAUUUUUGAAGACAAAUUUCGCUAAAUACUAUGUUCUUUCUAGAGAUUCAAUGGAAAGCGAGGCUGCUGGAAAUGUCGUUUCAUUAAAACGGCUCAGCAAGAAAAACUGUGAUAUUAUAAGUGUGAAUUGGCUCAGUGAAACUGAAAUGUUAUGCGGUUCAAAUGAAGGAAACGUGUAUUGGAUAGACCUCAAGAGUGAAACUUCAAUAACCAAAGUUUACAAGUCGAGUGAUGCCGUUGAUGGUGUGGUUUUUUCAAAAGGCAAGGGUGCUCUACUAACAAGUGGUGAUACUAUUCGGUUUUGGAAUACAGCCCAAGACCCUGUAAAAACGUUUAAAGGAAGCGCGACAGAAAUAGAACAAUUUGAGCAUACUGAGAAAGCCUUAGGUAAAAGACUAACAUUUUACAAUAGCACAUUUGCUUGGAUAGCUGGCUUGGGAGUCGUGUUUGGAACCUUAACGAAUUCAAAUGAUGCACUGAGUACCGUAGGAGUGUUAUUGAGUGCUGAACUCCCAGCGGCGGUACACAGAAUCAAAGACAUUGUUCUCAGUAAAUUCCACAUUUUAAUACUACGGGGUAACGAGAUUCUCAUCGUUAACAAGCUCAAUAACGAGGUAGUAGCUCAAAAAUCCAUUUGGGUGCAAGGCUCAGAAAAAAUGCUGGAACUUACAGUAGAUUACUCUCAAGAUCCUCCCACUUUUUGGUGCUAUUCUAGUAGCAACAUUUAUGAGAUUAUUGUCAAAGAUGAAAGCGCUGGAAUAUGGAGUAUACUUACUAAGCUCGGAAGAUUUGAUGAUGCACUGAAAUUAGAAACUCUGAGCCCUCUCGAAAAAGGUCAAAUAUACUUGCAAAAAGCAAAUUUUCUAUUCUCCCAAAGUCAUUUCAUGGAAGCGGCCAAGUGUUACGGAAAAAGUAAUUGUGUCACAACCGCUGAGGUCACCUUAAAAUUCUUAAAUGACUCCACAAAAAUGAGCGCUUUACAGACCUAUCUAGCGACGAGGCUGGACAGUGUUAAAGCUUCCAAGAACAGUGAAGUACAAUUAAUUUUACUCACUAAUUGGAUUGUUUGGAAUUACAUGCAAAUGCUCAAUGCGAUUGAUGAGUCAAUCUCAUCUGAACAAGACGUCAAAAAUUUGGAACCUUUACAUGCUCAAAAAAGCCAUCUAAACACAGAACUCUCAAACUUUUUUGAAAAGAAUAUCAAUAUUUUGGAUAGAGACACUAUUUACCAAAUCAUGUCUCACCAAAAUAGAAAGUCAGAAGUUUUGACGUUUGCAAGACUGAUUGAGGAUUACAAAUACGUCUUGUCUUACUGGAUAAGAUCCAAAAAUUGGUACGAAUCCUUGAAAGUUUUGAUAACAACGCAAGAUUUGGAAUGCAUUUACAAAUAUGCCACGGUUCUUUUAAUCAACUCACCGGACUCUACAGUAAACACAUGGAUGCAAAUACCGACCAUAGAUCCAUCAGAGCUUAUCAAUCCUCUUCUCACGUAUUUUGCCAAGUUUCAGAAGACUAGCACUGACACGGGGAGGUCACGAUCCAGUGUCAAUUAUGCAUUAAAAUAUCUCAUGUGGUGCAUACAUGAACAGGAUAGUACCAAACCAUUAGAUACCAUCGUUUUCAGUGCGGGUAUAUAUAUGAUGAUUGCCGCCUUUGAUGCAGAGGACAAAGAAAACGAGAUUAUCGCUUUUAUCGAAACUAACGCGGGUCGCUUUGACAACGAAUUCGUGCUACGACUGAGCACCAAAUACAAGAGAAAUAAAGUCUCAACAUACCUAUACUCACAAAUGAAGUUAUUUGAAGAGGCCGUUACACUUGCCAUUGAGAAAGAUCUGCUUGAUGAUGCAAAGCUAGUUGCUAGUAGCCAAGAGCUAGAUGGCAAUUUAAGGUUAAAACGUAAACUUUGGCUGAAAAUUGCGAAACGAAUGAUAUGUGAACAACAUGAUGUUAAGCAGACUAUCAAGGCAAUUCUGCAGGACUCGAAUGAAACACUAUCUAUUAAAGACUUACUGCCACUUUUUGAGGAGCUAACCACUAUCGCAAACGUAAAGGAGGAAUUGAUACGGAGUCUGAAAAAGCACAACACGGUAAUGACGCAAGUCUCGCAGGAGAUUCAAGAUUCCAUCAAGAUCAAAAAAGAAAUAGCUGAGGAUAUCGAACUUCUCAAGACGCGUUUUCAGAUCCUAGAACCAGGCGUGUCCUGCAAUGUAUGUGAAGAAGUACUGCAAACUCGAAAGUUUUACGUGUUCCCUUGUGGUCAUUCAUUUCACACUGACUGCUUAAUGAGGGAGAUAUUGAAAUCCACAGACUACGCAUUACGAAACAAAAUUGAGGCAUUCCAAAGGGCCGCUAGCAGAUCGAAAGCAGCCGUUGACAAGGGCGAGCUGGACCAGCUAUUGUCAGCUAAAUGUUGUUUUUGCAGUGAUAUCAAAAUCAACAGUAUUGACGAACCUUUGGACUAUGAAGAAACAGAACGACAAGCGUGGAACGUUUAA